GAUGGGAACUUCACAGUUACAGGCCACUGGGUUUCUCACCGUGUAGGCAGAUGAACGAGCAGCCCACUGCUCUUGAAAAGUCUCCGUUUACUGUAUCUAUUUGAUUGCGUUUUAUUAUUAUUAUCAUUAUUAUUAUUUUAUUUCCAUGUCUUCUCAAAUGUCGAUGAUGGCAGAAGCCCUGCAUGAGAGCGAGGAGGUGGAGGAGGAAGAGGGACAGCGCACAGAGCUGCGGGAUGGAGAUCAGACCACAGAUCAGCCUGACAGAACCAAGCCAGAACAUUUCAACUUCAGUCAUCUACAGCCCUCUACACAAACUGCUAUCAAGCAAACAACAUCAAACUUUCAAUGUGACAACACCACAGAGAGAAGGCGACCAGAGAUCACCAUCGUCGCACCAGAACCUCUGGCCAGUAACGACUGGUUUCCAGGACACACUGUGGUCUUUCCUCCUCCUCAGUCAGACUGGUCCGCAAGCGUCCAGGUUGUCUCUCAGCCCCCACCAUCCUAUGACCAGGUGAUCAAAGAGAAGACCUGGGAAGACCACAUUGCGAAGCCCACUGCAGCUCCUCGCAGAGCUACCUGCACCGCUACAAGUGCCACGCAGACCGACUCUGUUGAAGAAAACACUGCCCAACCCCCAGCUAAGGGAGGACCUGCUGGUAUAAAGCCCAAAAAACCUCCACGACCCUCUCUGCCAAAAGCAGUAGACCAAGAACCUGUAACUGAAAGAGGUGAGAAGGUUGCAACAAACACUGUGGACCAACAUGACUCCAAGUAUGGCAUAAAGCUGAUCCAGAACGCAGACUCCUCACGCACGCACAUCGGAUCUGUCACAGUAUUCUGGGAUUUUCCUACAAAUCACCCUUCUGUCUCUGCUCUGCCAACCGAAAAUACUUCUCCUGCCUCAAAUGGUCAACGACCCAUUCCACGUCCUCGGACAAAAUUACACAAGCAAGUAACGGAGAGGGAGGUCAAAGUUGAGACUGAUAAAAAAUCAAGUUCCCCAGAGAUAUCCACAAAUAAGAAUUUAAAAGACUUUUGUGGAGGUGAGGAGCCCGAGGAGAGAACUGACGCCACCGACCAAUCAGGCGAGAAGUUUCAACUGGAAGAGGAGGAUGUCAAGAUGAGCGCCAAUCACAGUCAACGGAAUAUCCGCGCCAGGAUCCAGGCCUUUGAGAGCCAGGCUGACACCGAGGAGGAACAUGCGUUCGAGUCAGUCAAACCAGACCCCUUACCCAGGAGGACUGCCAACAAACCCCCGGUUGGUGCCAAACCCUCUCUAUCUCGUAGAACUCAAAGCACAGAGGAUAAUAAUCAAAACAUACCGACCACAAACAAACCUCAACACCCAACACCAGCUCCCAGACCCCUGCCCCCGAAAAAACCUGUGGGACUGUCUGUACGGGAGGAGCUGGAGAGUUUGCACAGACAAGGGACUUUCCCACACAGAUCCCGUCCUUCUGUGUUGACGAGGUCCAACAACAUUGACGAGGAGGAACUUUCACCAGCUCUCCCUAUACUUCCAGUGAAGCCUCCCAAAGAACCACUGAAACCCAACCUGAAUGUAAACAACCACAACUCAACCUCUCUGGUGAGAGAGAACGAGGAUGUGGAGAGUCCAUCAAAUAACAUCCUGGUGAAACCUCAGAAUAAUGUGGACUGCAGUGAAGGAUCAUUCACCAGAAAGAGUAUCACAAGAAGACCCACCACUAUCAGGGUCCCCAGCCAAACGGGUUCAAUGUUGGAUCAUUUUCAGGACGCUCCUCCUCCUCUCCCAGUUCAGAAGCCUGUGGGCUCUCUGAGCACCUCUGUGAGCAACAAACAAAGCCUGACACCUGCUUUGCAGAACUCUAUUGGUUCAGGGCCAGAGCCAACGUUACCACCUCGGAGGUCCAUUGUAAACAAAAGUCUCCCACCUCGCCCUCCUCCAGCCAAAUCCGGCCCUGGAAGACCUCCCCCACCAAGCCUUCAGGCCUCAGGCCGAUCUCAGUCAGCAUCGCGGCAGCCCUCACCCAAACCCCAGGCCCAGAAGCCCCACAGGAAAGGAUUUGUCUUGCCUCCAAGGCCCAACCCUGGGCAUCGUCUCUACAACAAAUAUACACUUCAACUCCCUCAUGGGAUUGCAGCCUUUGACUACAAAGGAAGUAAUCCAGGGGAGCUUUCAUUCCAGAAAAAUGAGGUGCUUCUGUUGCUGGAUGAAGUUAACCACAACGAAUUUGAGUGCCAAGUUGGAAACAACAGAGGGAGAGUCCACAAGUCUCGUAUGAAGAUCAUAACCCCUCUGGGGACAGACUUUUUUACACCCAAGGGUGCUGCCCCACCUGCUUCAGCUGGAGACGGUUUGGGGCUGAGAGUGCAGGCUCUGCAUGACUUUAUUCAAGACGGUCCGGGAGAGCUGGGUCUCAGAGCAGGAGAUGUUGUGACAGGAGCGGAGCAGGUGGACAGCCAGUGGUACAGAGGAACUUGCAGGGGAUCAACUGGCUUCUUUCCAAUUAGUUAUGUAAAAGUCCUAUCCAACUCACCCAAACCACUCCCUGGAAGGAAAGCAACACCACAACCUGCACCAGUCAGUGGCCCAAGAUGUGUGGCAAGGUUCGACUUUGAGGGGGAGCACAGUGACGAACUGACGUUCUCUGAGGGGGACGUUAUCCAGCUGAAGGAGUACGAGGGGGAGGACUGGGCACGGGGGCAGAUCGGCUCCUCUGUUGGAAUCUUCCCUCUUAACUUUGUGGAUAUUCUUGAAGAUCUGCCUCCACCUGCAAGCCAACAGCAGCAUCAGCCUUCGAGCAGGGUAGCACUUCCUGGCAUGGUGGCUGCUUCUUCCAGCACACAAUCUGAGGCUGCCAAACCUGCUCAGGCAGCCACAUCCAGUGUGGAGUGGGUGGUGGCUCUUUAUGAUUACGCUGCACAGUCAGCAGGCGACCUUUCCUUCCAACAGGGUGACCAUAUCCUGAUCACCAAGCACAUAAAUGAGGAGUGGAGCUCUGGCAGGUUGAGCGGCAGAGAGGGCAUCUUCCCCAACUCUUUUGUGCAGACCACAUCAGGGCAGAAUUUGUCUGGUAAACAGAACGAAGCUACAGGCGGCACAAGAGCUACGGUUCUGUAUGACUUCACAUCCGACUGUGAUGAGGAGCUCUCAGUGCAGGCUGGGGAUAUCAUAACCAAUCUUGAGUCAAUUGAUGAAGAAUGGUUUCUGGGGGAUUCGAAAGGAAAACGAGCUCUGGUCCCUAAAAACUACGUGCAAGUGCUGGGAUAAGCUCCCGUGGUCUCCAGCAUCCAUUAUAGGGCCUGAACUUAAGAACUGUUUCUUUUUUAUAAGUCUUAACCUUUUAAAUUGCAGUAUUUACAAUAAGUGCAUGUUUGUCUUCUGCAAAAUUACCUUAAGAUUGAGUAUUUUGUUAUAAACAUUAAAUGGCUAUCAAUA